AUGACAAUUAAUCAAUCAUCUCUUCGUACAUUAGAUGCAUCAGGUCAAACUUUGGCAUCAUCUAUAUACUCUUUACCUUAUGUAGUUUUCUCAGAUUGUAUUAAAACAUUCCACUUAUCCUUUUGGAAUACAUCUAUUCCAAUAGAAUUAUCUACUCUUUGCAAUAUAACUCUUGUAAAUAGUAUUGGUUUUUUGAACGAUUUAUCAUUUCCAACAAAUGUUCGUUCUAUUCGUCUUCUACUUUUUUAUACCUAUCCUAAUUAUAUGCUAUCAAACUGGUCAAUAGUUUUACAUACACUUUCAACUUGGUCACAAUUGCAUUCAUUACGUGUAUUUAUGUAUGACUUGCCAGAAACUGUCGAUGAUAAAAAUUGUGAAAUAAUUGCAAAGAUAGCAUUGUUAAUUAGCGAUUUUGGCUUUUGCUUUAGAAAUAAAUUCAGCUCGGCAGAUGGUGAUGAAUUCGAAACUGUAUUUAAAAAUCAUAAAAAAUUUAUUAAACAAUUAUGCAAUUGUAUUCUAUUAUCUUUUGACAAACAACAACCUUAUUAUUCAAUUGAAAAAGAUGGAUGUGGACUCAUUAUGUGA